AUGCACCGAUACACCGACCUGACUGGACGUCGUGCAGACUGGAAAACAUACAGCAGCCGACUCUGUGAACACUGCCAUCGACUAGAAGAGCAUUCCCGCUUGCAGCAGCAUUCACUGCCGCUGGGGAAACAAAACAAUCGCAUUUCGUCGAACAGCUCGCUACUUGGCUCAAUCAACACAACAAUGAUGGAAGCAAGAUCACGAAGAAUCCCUCGCAGUGUCCCUGUGCCUGCACGAAACCCCAGCCGCAAAGGAUCCACUAAAAGGCCGACUCCAACCACUCCUACCGGGCUCACCGAGCAGCAAAUACAUAUCUGGGAGCAUGCAAUCACCUUGUACUAUGGCUUCGAUUGGCAAGCUGCAGCGGAUACGUUCGCAAGCUUAGCUCGAAGCAUCACGUCGGACCUGGAGCAAGCACUGUGUCUGAUCAAUACCGCGCUCAUAUGUGCACGCCUUGGCGACUUCGCGCCAGCGCUGGCAAUACUGGGUGAGUCGCAGCCGACGAAGGAGGUUCUGCCUCUCACUCUCUUCCUGAUGGGCCAUAUGAACUUUGCACUCUGCGAGCUGGAUCAGGCCGAGAGUGACUUUGACUCCGCGCUCCGGACGCUGGACAACCGACCACAAAGCUACAGGAGGUAUAAUGUCGACUUCGUGCUGCAGGAGCACCACAUCAGGCGAAGCCUCGAAGUCUUGCACACGUACAGAAGGCUUGGCAGCUGCAAUGAUAUGAUGGACUCUCUACCUGCCGACUGCAUCUUCGGAAUGCCAGGCAGUGGCCCAGACUGCUCACCAGCGCGCUCCGUCAUGUCGACAGGUAGCGACGAGUGUCCUGAUCUCACAGACUUCAGCGAUGUCUCAGCACCGGCGACACCUACAGUCGGAACUCCAACAGCAGAGCAGAACGAUGUCGAAAUGCUAUGGCAAAUCCCGAUGGACGAGCCUGAAGAGCGACUACAACGUCUACUCGCCAAUUCAAGCCUAGAUGACAAAUCAUCACGCUUGGAGAUGAUAUUGGACGUGCCUGACCCGAUACGCAUUCGCCUAACUCCACCGCGUUCGCCAACACCUAUCAGAGCUGCUUCCAGCGCUGUACCGAACGUAGCAACAUAUCAACCCACAGGUCUCCCACCACGCGUUCCUCCUAAAAGUCGUCUAAGGAUGGAGCCUCGAGACGCUAGAGUCGAAGAUGGCACCACGAGAUAUCUGGCUGCUUACAUCCGCGACCUUCCCGCUCAGGGCAAUGCUCUCCAGCCCAAGGAAGCAAAGGACGAACAAGGCUCAACCCGCCAUAUUGUGGACUUUAUACGGGAUCUUGACCGUGUCGAAAAGGAUCAGCAACACACAGUGGUAGACUACCGCACCCGGCGAUCUGAAUCCUCGGACGGGUCCUCCAAGCCGGGCAGUUUAGGUUCUAUUGAUUUGUACACGGCAGAUGGAGACCAUGAGCGCUUAGCGACGACGUACAAGCCGGUCAUCAAGAAACAUCGCUAUAGGAGUGGUCUGGGCUCAGUCCUGUCGCGAAAGCCGGCGAAGCAGAAUGAUCCAACGCCCUCCUCCUCCGAUACUCUGUAA